AGUACUGCAACAAAAUGCUAUUACUAUAUACUUUCCUACCGGACCUAUAGUUCGAAGUAUUGUUACAAGGAAUGCUGUUAUAAGUAUACAAAUGAUCCAUGUUGUUAUUAUACUUCAACAACGACAUUGUCAACUGGAGGAAUUAUUGGAAUAGCAGUGACUGGUGGUAUAGUAUUAAUUGUUGCGAUAACUAUUUGCGUUUGGCGCAGAUAUAAACAUAAGAAAGCAACAACACCGCAAAUGUUGCAAAAUACUCAGCAAAUGGUUCCGAACAUGCAGUCAUGUGCUGUAGGACCUGCUUUGAAUAUGCAGCCAAUGCAAGGAAGCGUAAUGCAUUAUGUACCAAAUCAACAGCCAACAGUGACGUAUGUUACGCAAGCAGGAUCAUCAGGAAACCCACUACCUUAUGGUGGAUUUCAAGGAAACCCGCCACCGUAUGGAGGACUACAAGGAAAUCCACCACCGUAUGGGCCUGUAAUGUGCUAUCCAGGUGUCAGUCCUCCUCCAGUGGUCACGGCACCAGCUGCCAAAAAGAAAAAGAAUGAUACAGCAAAGAAUGCUCUCAGACUACUUUCUUUGUUUUAACAUUUUAUUAUCUAUUUAUAAAACAAUGUCAUGUUGAAUGCGUGUUAAAAUCAAUCAUAUAUGUAAAAUCCGAUUCAUUCCAGAGUUACUUGAUUUUGCAAACUUCAGAUAACAGACAAGGAUGUUUUGAGUUGGUAAAAUAAUAAUAACAUUAGAUGUAUGUUUCAUUAUAAUACGGUAUUCUGAUGGGCGAACUACACAUCUCACGUUAUUCCUUGAUCAACUUCAUCACAAAAUAAAAUUUAUCACGACACGAGGUCCCACAAAAAUGUGCACAUUUGAAUUAAAUAAAAACUUGAUAAAAAUCGUUAAUGAAACGCGUCAAAUAUCCUUUUUUGUAGUAUAGUAUUUUACAUUUUGGAAUGAUUUAUAAAACAUUUAAAAUAAUAAUUGCUUCACGGUUUCUAACGAAAAGCUAAUUUUUAUGUAUCUUAUCUCCUAGGUUAGAAUUUAAACAAUCAUAGUAAUAAUACCAUUAGUUCAAAGUAGACUACAAAUAAGAAAUUCAAAUUCACUAUUCCAAAUAAAAUUUGCGGCGUAUGUAUUUCUUUAAACAAAAAAUGAAUACGUUUAAAAGAUAUGUCAAAGCGUCCAGUUCGAUAAUUAAAGGUUUGCUUGAUAUGCUAUUAAAUGACAAGGUUUACAUUUCAAGGU